AUGGCCGCUGCCGCUUGGCGCUGCGCGCUGCGCGGCGGGAGGGCUGCACCCGCGCCGCGCUGCUCGCCGCGCCGCCUGGCCGCCGCCGCCGCCCGUUCCGGCUCCUCGUCCUCAAGCAGCAGAGACGAAGCUUUAAGAGACAGACGUGCCCAAAUUCUGUCACGUGGCCUUCCGAAGCAAAAACCAAUAGAAGGGGUUAAACAGGUAUUGGUUUUGGCUUCUGGAAAAGGGGGAGUUGGAAAAUCAACAGCAGCAGUAAAUAUAGCCCUCGCACUAGCAGCAAAUGAUUCGACAAAAGAAGUUGGCCUGCUUGAUGCAGACGUAUAUGGGCCUUCAAUUCCAAAGAUGAUGAACUUGAAAGGAAACCCAGAAUUAACACCAAAAAAUUUAAUGAGGCCUCUUAAGAACUAUGGCAUCUCUUGUAUGUCUAUGGGUUUUUUGAUAGAAGAGACUGCUCCAGUUGUAUGGAGGGGGCUCAUGGUAAUGUCUGCUGUUGAGAAAUUGCUGAGACAGGUUGACUGGGGUCAACUGGACUAUUUAGUAAUUGAUAUGCCACCCGGAACAGGAGAUGUACAGCUGUCAGUCUCUCAGAAUAUUCCUAUUGCAGGGGCUGUGAUCAUCUCUACUCCACAAGACAUUGCUUUAUUAGAUGCCCGCAAAGGAGCUGAAAUGUUUAGAAAAGUCCAUGUACCUGUUUUAGGACUUAUCCAAAAUAUGAGUGUUUUCCAGUGCCCUAAAUGUAAGCAUGAGACGCACAUUUUUGGAGCUGAUGGUGUAAGAGAUCUAGCAAAAAGCCUUGGAUUGGAUAUUUUAGGAGACAUUCCACUCCAUAUUAACAUAAGGGAGACGUGUGAUUCAGGACAGCCUGUUGUGAUCUCACAGCCUCAAAGUGAUGCUGCUAAAGCCUAUCUAAGGAUAGCUAUGGAAAUAGUAAGACGACUGCCAGUACCUCCUGCUUGAAAUGUUUCUGUCUAAAACUUAACAAUAAAGAAGUGGAAGAGGAGGCCUGCUACUUCA